AUGGCAACGCAAACGCACAGCGAGUUGGUGGGACCGCAGUCGCUGCUAAAGAUCGCCGGCACGCUGCACGACCCCUAUUUAUUCGACACGAAUUUGAUCGCGCUCAAUUCGAGCGGCCGCCGCGCGGUCGCCGAGCGGAAUCAAGUGGGUAGACGCGGCGGAGGUGGUGGCGGAGGUAGUGGCGGAGGCGGAGGCGGAGGCGGCGGCGGCGUCGGUGGCGGCGGAGGCAGCGGUGGCGGUGGCGGCCACGGCGGCGGUGGUGGCGGAUACGGCGGUGGCCACGGCGGCCGCGGCGGUUACAGCGGUGGCCACGGCGUUGGUGGUGGCGGAUACGACAGUGUUGACGAUAGCGAAGACGAAUCUGGUAAUCAAGAAAAGAAACUAGGAAUCAGGAAAAGUAAGGGUGUUUCCUAG